AUCUGCCUAAACUCGAUAUAAGAUCGUCAAAACAUCCCGAUCCCUAAGCCUCAAGUUGACUAAACAAUUGAAACCAUCAUGGGUUCCACAAUUGACCUCCCUCAGAGGCCAUCGGUUGAUGCUCUUACCACAUUUCUCAAAUCAAACCCGGAGAUCGAAUUCCUCCGCUACCAAUGGCUCGACAUUGGAAAUGUCCAAAGACUCAUCGUAGUCACAAAGGAACACGCCCUCAGCCUCGGCAACAAGCCACUGAAAGUCAGCUGCCUCUGUUUCGGAGUCUUGCCGGACGACAGCUUCAAUACGACUCGCUUCAAGCCCGCCGGCUACGAUGAGCUGUAUCCAGACUGGCAAAGUCUUCGUCUCUGUACUUAUAUCGGAAAUGGGAAGAAAUACGCAAACGCGAUGUGCUUUGUGAAAGAACAGAGCCGAAACUUUCCAGCAUGGGAGCGAGAUCCUCGUAGUCUGCUUCAGGGCGCACUUCAGCGGGCAGAAGUAGAUCUCGACAUGCGCUUCCUCAUCGGAUAUGAAAUCGAAUUCUACCUCUCCGAUGAUUCGAACAGGGAAGCAACCCGCCCCUUCGAGCAUUUCAACCAAUUCUAUGGAGCUGCCGCUUUGAGAGAUAACAGAGUUUUGACAGUCUUGGAAGAAAUCGUUCAAGCACUGUUGAACGCUGGCAUCAGAGCUACACACUUUCAUAGCGAGAUUGGUCAUGGCAUGUUUGAGAUCCCAACAGGUCCACUUAGACCUAUCGACGCUGUUGAUGCGCUUGUCUUCUGCAAGGAUGCAGUUCAGACGAUCGCUCACAAGCAUGGCUUCACUGCAACUUGUUUCCCGAAGCCUGAAAUGAGUCCCUCGCCAGUUGCGGUAGGAGCGCACACCCAUUUCUCCAUUGAUGGUGCUACCCAGAAAAUCGCCGAUAGUUUCCUAGCGGGCAUAUUGGAUAACUUGCCGGCGCUGUGUGCUUUCAGCAUGCCCAACUUUGACAGCUACCACCGUAUUGGUGGGUACAGGGGUACAAUUGGGAGCUGGGUCGGUUGGGGAACUGAGGAUAAAGAUGUUGCGAUUCGGAAGAUCUCAGGGAGGACCGGGUACUGGGAAAUCCGCACCGCCGAUCAGAUGGCCAACAUGUAUUACACGCUUGCUGCUUGGAUUACUGCUGGUUGCGAUGGCGUAAAGAAGCAAAUGGAACUGCGAUGGAAAGAUCCACCGAGUUUGGUGGCCACGAUGACACCAGAGCAGGUGGCGGGAAUGGGCUGGGAUACCAAAUUGCCUUUGUCGCUUGAAGAUGCACUCAAUUCUCUUGAGACUGCCGUGGGAUCUCACGUAUUGGAUGAUCUAGGAAUUCAUUUCUUGAACAUGUAUCUUGAUUUCAAAAGACUGGAGGCGAAGCAGGCGAGUGAGAAGACCGAAGAGGUGAGAUUGAAGGUGCUUUCAAAGAUUUUUUGAGUUUAUUCAACGGGAAUAUGGACAUUUUCCUAGCCACUCUCCGCUAGCUAGAUUAGAAGACUUAUCAAAUAUUUGUCUCUCAUGC